GAGUGGUUAAGGCGUUGGACUUAAGUUCCAAUGGACAGAUGUCCGCGUGGGUUCGAACCCCACACCCAGUACUCUUUGUUGAUGUUUCUUUUUGCACUGCCUGUGUGAACUGAACGGUAGGAUUUUGUUAUUCAUCACUUCAAUCGAUUACAAUACGAUGACUUUUCAGAGGUUUUGCAAGCUUUCACAAAGGCUGAUUCUGACGAAUAAUGCGAGGUACUUUGGAUCAAGCGCCAACAAAAUUAUUGUGGAAAUUGACAACAAAACAGGUAUUGCUUCAAUGUUACUGAAUAACCCACCUGUUAACAGUCUCAGUUCUGAUUUUCUUGUAACUGCAACAAAAGUGAUAAAAGAUGCUGAAGAAAAUCCUGAUGUUCGAGGUAUAUUGCUCACCUCAAAGCUGGAUGGCCAGAUGUUCAGUGGUGGAUUGAAUAUUCUGGAUUUGUAUCAGAAGUCUCACCAACAAUUGUUUGAUUUUUGGACCCUCGUCCAAAAUUGGACUCUUGCUUGGUAUGGGUGUAAGAAACCAACUGUUGCUGCAAUCAAUGGACAUGCUAUCGCAGGAGGUUGUGCCUGGUGUCUGAUGUGUGAUUAUCGCAUAAUGCAGUCUGGUGCAGGAAACACAAUCGGAUUCAAUGAAACUAAAAUUGGAAUGGUGGUGCCUCCUUCUAUUGUGGAUUUAGUCAUUACUACUAUUGGACCCAGAAAUUCAGAAUUAGUAUUGUUUCCGGGAACCUUAAUGUCAGCAGAAGAUGCCCUGAAACUAGGGAUGGUUGAUGACUUAGACACACAGGAAAAGCUAAUUCCAAAAGCCUCAAAACACCUGGAGCUCCUAGUUGACACUCUACCUGAUACAUAUCAUUCCACUAAACAGUUGGUGAGAAAGGGUGUGAUAGAGCGUUUAACAUCAUCGAAGAAGCAAGAGGCUGAAUGGGUGGCAACUUUUGCAUCACAAGCUCACUUCCAAGAAUUUAUUGGAAAUUAUGUUGCCAAGCUGAAGGCGAGAAAGAAGAAGUAAUUAAACUAGAAAUUGUUGAAAGGAAUGUACUAUGUGCAAUAAUUCAUAUACCGGUAUUUAACUUCUGCAAAUCAGUGUUUCGAAUAUAAAUAAAGUCUAGACUAGAUGUCUCUCGUAUGUAA